CAACGUGCCAACUUCACUGAUUUGGGGUUUUGUAUUCCACAUAAGUGGUGAUCAGAUGACAGCACUCCUAAGGUCAAAUAUUUCACAUGUAAAGUGUAAUCAAUGUUUUACUGGAACACGAUGCCUUUUUAAUGGCGCCACAAACGAGUCAAUUGUUUUGCACUCCACUCCAAACUGUGUGUUGCCACCAUGGACCUGCCUCGUAUGGUGGCACGCCUCAAGCCCCGAAGAAAAUAAUGCGAGUUUAAUGACCAGCAUUCCCACACAGGCUGCUGCUGCUGCUGGUUGAAUGCUGACCACCUUGAGGUUGGUCCUUCAGACCCAGACCAAAAAAAGAAACCUCUUGUGUUUUUCCACCUUUUAGGCAAAUCCUUCUCCUCCCCAAUCCUUAUGUUUGAACACACUGGAUUCCAGACCUUUUUCCAUGUACCUGGCUUGGAAGACUGUCUCCUCACACACUCUACUAAUGUCUCACCUACUUAACCAUGUGCUUGCUCAACCUUCUUUUCCUGUGUGUGUGUUGUGUGCGUCGCUCUCUCCAUCUCUCUCACACACACACUCCUUGGUCUUUUUCUCCUUUGCCUGUUGUUGCCGUCACCUCUCUGGACACUCUCUCUCUCUCUCUGCUGCCAUACCUCCGUGCCCUGUCUGUCUCCCUUAGUGGGGCGCUGUCAGGGUGUCAGAAGGGGGCAGCGACUGGACACGGGGAGGAUGGGGGUAGUCCUUAUCGCAGUGACAGCAUGAAGAGCAUGAUGGCGGAGGGAGCCAAGGCCGGGAGAUGGCAGACUGUCCAGGGCCACAUGCAGUCUGGAGGAUUCAGACCCAGCAACUUUGGGGAUCCGGUCUUAUCCUACACUUCCACUCUGGAGCACAUCCCAAUCGGGCCCGCCCGCCCCCGGACGCUGCUACGCCAGCAGAGUCUCCAGCAGCCCCUCAUCCACCCGCCGGGCUCCAGUUUCGGCCACCCUCCGACCACGUCCCAGAGUUUGGGACAAUUACACACCGCACCCGGGGCCGCCGGGAGAGGAGAUGGAGGUGGUGACGGCGGUGGCGAGGGUGGAGUUGCAGGUAAAAGAGCUGUUCCGCGGGCCACGCGGGGAAGCCCCGCAGGGGCUGGUGCCUCUCGCUAUAGGGGAGGCGACGCAGGAGGCCGCUCACGUGGUAAUCCCGGCAGCUGGGAUUACACGAUGGACCAGAUCCGGAAUCGUGGCCUGGACGUCAAAUCCUUUCUUGAAGGAAAGCUGGUGGUCCUGUCUUUGGCCAUCGGUGUGGCCGAGCAAGACGACUUUGCCAAUAUCCCUGACCUGCAAGAAACGGCACAGGCGGCCCCUGCAGCCAGUCAGGAGCCCCCCCUCGAGAAGAGGUACCAUAUAAUGGGUAACAAGCCAGCCAACAGCCCCAAAGGCCAACCCCCUGAUGCUGACGGCCACUCCUCCGUAACUGACCUGGCCAACUCUCUCACUGGAGACAUGGUGAUGCUGUCUCCAGGUUCGGAGGAUGACGAUGGCGAGGGUCCUAUCAGUGAGAAGCUGGGCCGUAUCCAGUUCAGCAUAGGCUACAGCUUCCAGAACACAACCCUCACAGUCAAAGUUCUCAGGGGCCAGGAGCUACCAGCCAAGGACUUUUCCGGUACCUCGGAUCCCUUCGUUAAAAUCUACCUGCUGCCUGAUAAAAAGCACAAACUGGAAACCAAGGUCAAGAGGAAGAACCUCAACCCCCACUGGAAUGAAACCUUCUUGUUUGAAGGUUUCCCCUAUGAGAAGGUGAGGGAGCGCACACUUUACCUUCAGGUGUUGGACUACGACCGCUUCAGCAGGAAUGACCCUAUUGGAGAGGUCUCAAUCCCCCUUAACAAGGUGGAACUGGGCCAGAUAAAGACCUUCUGGAAGGAGCUCAAGCCCUGCAGUGAUGGCAGUGGAAGACGAGGGGACUUGCUGGUGUCUCUGUGCUAUAAUCCCACUGCCAACACCAUAACUGUGAACAUCAUCAAAGCUCGUAAUCUCAAAGCCAUGGAUAUUGGGGGUACCUCAGAUCCCUACGUGAAGGUGUGGCUGAUGCACAAAGACAGGCGUGUAGAAAAGAAAAAGACAGUCACGAUGAAGCGCUGUCUCAAUCCCGUCUUCAAUGAGUCCUUCCCCUUCGAUGUGCCCGCUCAUGUGCUGAGGGAAACCACCAUCAUCAUCACUGUCAUGGACAAGGACAGACUCAGUCGCAACGAUGUUAUUGGCAAGAUCUACCUGUCGUGGAAGAGCGGACCAGCCGAGGUGAAGCACUGGAAAGACAUGCUGGCUCGGCCGCGCACCAACGUAGCCCAGUGGCACGCUCUUAAGGCCUGAUGGCACCGCCCCACCCGCCUCCAUGGCCCCUUCUUUCUUCCCCCCCCACCUCGCCCUUCCCGUCCCGUCCUUAUGCACAAGACUGACUUGCUGCCAGGCUGCGAAACACGGGUACAAUUAGCCAUCUGCUCUCUUAAACCUUUAAACUUCUUCUCUCGUCCUCUCUAGCUGUUUUCUUGUUCCCUCUUCUCAUACGGUCACCCGUCUCCAUUUUUCCGUGUCGUUUGACUCUCCUCUCUCUUUGCUUCUGACUGCCCAAAACGACCCUCCGCACUUGGCGGUGGUUUCAUUUCUUUCUUUCUAUUUGUGGACCCCUCGGUCCUGAACUGCACUACAGCCUGACCCACUGAAGGUGCCAGUCCCGUGGGAUCACAGGGAAGUGACAUACAGUAUAAUCCUAGUGUGUAAUUAUUCCUGGUAAACAAUACUAUACAGUAUGUACUGUAUGUACAUAAACAUACUGGUAUAUUAGGCCGAUAGAACCCCCCCCCCCCCAUACAAACCGGCUAUGUGUGCUUUCUCCGCCACCUCCCUUCUCUUCAUCCGUCUCCAGUGUGCUAUAUCUUCCAUUGCGUUCCUCCCCUUCUUUUACUUAAGUGUGGUUUAAUGUUUGACUGAAGUCGUAGAAAGCAAUCAAUACUCGGUUUGUAAAGAAACCAGCUCAGCUCAAGAUGCUGUUGAUGAUACUAGUGUCUCUCUCCCUAUUCUCUCAUUUCCUCUUUAUUGUUCCCUCUUACUCAUCCCCUGGUACAAUAUAGUGGACCCCCUUACUCCCACCAGCCACCUCGCCCCCUUGUUGUCCGUGUACUGUGGGUGCUGUGUCGUAGCUCCAACAAAAAGAGAGGUUUAAAGACAUACUGUAUAUGUACUGAACUUUCCAGAAACUGGGAAAGCGGGAUGGAUCGCUCCUGAUUUUUUUUCCAGACAAAUAAUCCCUUGACAACGGGGAGAGAAAAAAGAAGACGGGGGGGGGAACAACUCUAAAUCCGAGACGUUACGAUGAUGUCAUUUUUCACAGGGACGGAGGGAACCAAUUUGGAAUCUUCCCUGCAACAAAGGCAACGCGACGUUUGUGCUGUUCUGUGUGCAUGCGGUCCGUCAGUGCUCUUGUUUUGCCCUGUUGUGCUGAAGAUCUCAGAGAACCUCUCCCAUUUUCCUCACCUGUCUUUGUCUGUGGCGCAUCCGCCUGUGCGCAUGUGUGUGUGUGUUUGUGUGUGUGUGUGUGUGUGUGUGAGACGGGCAUACAGGAGCAACACGACUCUGACGCAGCAGUCUUCUCUUUUCUCUUUCUCUCUUCUUACUGCCAUUAAAUUCCCCAUCCUCCUUUAACUGCCCUGCCUUCUGAACAAAAAGGAAAUGCGGGGAAAGUUCUAUCUGCACUUUUUCAAAAAAAAUGUAUUAACAAUAAUAACAAUGAGGGUGGUUUUUGAGGGUGAGUAUAGUGCAAAUGAAAGGAGUGUAUGAAAAGGGGAGGCUGGGGGUGAGGCCGCCUCUGCUCUGUGGCUCGAGGGUGUCGAGAUAAAGGAGAGGACACACAGAGGACAGGCUCUCGUCCUCUUCUUUUUUGCAUUUCUGGGUUUUUUCAGUGCAUGUUCACCGGCAUGUGUGCGAUGGAUUGCUGUUGGCAGCGGGGUGCUUGCUCUGCCUCUCACGUGGAGGCGUGCCAAGGCAGCAUUGUUGCGACACAAAAGUGUAAAGCAUGAUCAGAGCCCCCAUCCAAGAGACCGGCAGAUGCUUCCUGACGCUGUAAGCAUUCUGUAUGGAGCGGAUUUUGGCUUUGGUUCUGACCCGAGAUAACAGGGAAAUUGGUGUCUGUGCUUCACACUCAGUGGGUGUGAUUUUUGAAGAUGGACUGAUCUGUGACUGCGAGAUACUGUACGAGCAGAUAAUCUUUACCCGGGUGCUUGAGACCAGUGCAGUGUUUCAGCGGCUGCCAUGUUUGUCAGCACAAAUUCCCUCAGAGUAAAUAAAACAGGCGCAUAUUGACAGCAUUGCAGCUGUUAAGGGCUACCUGCUCAAAAGUGCUGCACUUACACUUGUUAAAGUUCCAUGAGGCAAAAUGCUGUUCACUUUGACU